AUGGACGUCACGCCUACGGGCAGUCCUUCUAAAAAGAUGCGCUUAACGCAGCUUCAGAAGCAGGCCCUGAUGGACAAUCUACAGCUUGAAAUAACUGAGCGGGCACGUAAGCUUCGUGCCCAAUAUGCCCUGCAGGCAAAUGACCUCCGGGCGCGUAUUGAGCGACGCGUCAAUCGGAUCCCGGUCUCGCUACGCAAGGCAAACAUCGGUGAGCUGCUCGAAAAGCACAAUGCAGCCUCAAGCAAACAACGGGUUGCGUCGCCUUCUCGGAAACACUCGCCCAUGAAGGUGUCGCGUAUUAUACCAAGUAUCUCCGUAGACCAAGAAACUUCUACCACACGCGAUGGUAGAGCUCGGAGGGGAAGCCACGAUGGUCACUUCUCUGACAAAGAGAAUGCCCCCGCCGGUUGCGAGUCUGAACUCAAGAAUCCUAAGCGUCGCGUGAAGCCAGCCGGACCAGGCGGGGCCUCACGCGUGGCAUCCCAGGAACUACGAGGCAACGAGAACCGGAUCUUGUCUCCCAAGUCCAAUAAUUCCCGCACAUACCCUCACUCGCCCUUCCGUGCAUCUCCCGAGAAGGGUCAACCCUCGUAUCUUGCACGCCCUACCUCACCGCUAAAACCGACCAGUCCGUUGCGAUCACGCGGCGCCACUGUCUCUGCGGGGAAGGACCAGCGGCCUCCUUCGCAGGCCCAGAAGACUGCCCCCCGUGCCGCUACAGGACCCAAACCUGCUCGGUCACCUUUGUCGCGCCCGGCGACCCGACAGGCCGAGCGCAAGAACAGCACAGGGUCCAAUGUGUCUUCGGGUACAACAGUAAUCAAGUCCACACGGACUGGUACUGGCCCGAGAAAGGCAACCACAACAUCUGCCGCGGCUGCCAAAAAGCCGACUGCCCGUGGGCAGGCGGUAUCAAUGGCUGUCAAGAAUCCCUCUGCGACUGCUUCAAUGCGCAAGACUACCGCUCCGGCUGUGGCUGAAACUAUGCCCCGAACUCGAGCGCUACGCAAGCGGAUUUAG